AUGGCUACCCCUAGUGUCCUAGCUUUUGACGCUGAGGGUCGCGCCAUUGAUUUUGAGGUCUGGCUAAACGACCUGCAGCUGUUCUUACAGUGCGACAGGGCUGAUGACCUUUCUCUCUUUGACCUCACCUCUGGCGCCUCUCCUGCUCCUGCUGCUGAUGCUGAUCCCGCUGUCCGCUCUAAGUGGGCCACCCGCGAUGCUGCUGCACGUCUUGCUGUGCGUCGCCACCUCCCUACCUCUGAGCGUGCGCACUUUAGUCAGUACAAGAGUGCUCAGACCUUGUACGACGCUGUAGUUGCGCGCUACUCCUCCCCUGCCACUGCUGCACUGAGCCGUCUCAUGCUUCCCUACCUCUUUCCUGACCUCUCUGCCUUUCCCACUGUCGCUGACCUCAUUACGCACCUCCGCACUAGUGACACUCGCUACCGCGCCGCCCUUCCUGCUGAGUUCUGCGCUAGGAACCCCCCUCCCAUGUACAUCGCUCUCUACUACGUAGUCGCGCGCCUCCCUGACUCCCUUCGCGUCGUCAGGGACCACUUUCUCGCAGUCUGUCCCACCACUCUCACCGUCGACCUCCUCGAGAAGGCCCUCCUUGCAGCGGAGAAGAGCAUAGUCGCUGUAGGUGCUUCUCGUGGUGACCCUCGCACCCCCAUCUUUGAGGGGUGCUCUCCUUCCCCCUUGCUGCCCUCUGUUGCCUCUGCUGCUGCUGCCGACCUGCUUGGUCUUGAGUCGGUCGGCGCGGCGUCUGCCCCUAGUGGGAGACGUCGCUCCAGCAGGGGCAAGGGAGGCAAGGGCGCGGGUGGAGCUGGGGGGGGCGGUGGCGGUGGCGGCGGUGGCGGCGGAGGGAGUGGGGGUGGCGGCGGGACUAGUGGCGGGGGUGGUGGUGGUGGUGGUGGCAGCAGCGGCGGAGACGGUGGUGGUGGUGCCAGCGGUGGUGGUGGAGGCAGCGGCGGAGGUGGAGGCGGCGGAGGUGGAGGCAGUGGAGGCGGCAGCGGCGGAGGCAGUAGUGGUGGAGGAGGUGGAGCUGGUCGGGGUGGUACCCAGCAGCGUAGCGGCGGUGGUGGUGGCCAGCGCUCGCACCGGCAGGGUGGGGGUACUGGUCCCUGCACCUACGUUCUUCGUUCCGGCGACCGCGCGGGUGAGCAGUGUGGGGGUGCCCACGCCACCCAGCGCUGCUUUGGCCGCCUGACGGACGCUUGGCGUCAGCAGUUCCCUGGGGCUAGUGAGAUCCCUCGCUGGGAUGAGCUUCUCAGGGCUGGUGUAGCGAUCUUUGAUCUUGAUUUUGAUGCUAUCCUUACUGCUAUGUAUGUUGUGGAUUAUAGUGAGGAGAAUGAGGGUUACCGGUGUUUCCAGCCCGACCCGGGCAUUGGUACUGCUGCGCUAGGUACUUGUGAGGCUGCUGCUCUAGGUGCCAGUGCGUCUGCGCUCUCAGGUACUGGUGAGACUGCGUUCUCAGGUACUGAGUCGUCCUCGUCCUCCCUCACUUUCACACUUGACUCCGGAGCUUCUCGCUCUUUCUUUCGAGAUCGCACUACCCUUUCGCCGCUCGCCAGGCCGGUUGCGGUCUCCCUUGCUGACCCCUCUGGGGGUCCUGUCCUGUCUCACUUCUCCACUGUCCUCCCGUGUCCGGCUGCCCCUUCGGGCACCCUGUCGGGUCUGUACCUUCCCUCGUUCUCUACGAACUUGGUGAGUGGAGCGGACCUGCAGGAUGGGGGUGUUCACCAGUUCACUCCUGCGCGUCAGCGGGUGACCCACUGCACGGAGGCUCGCACAGGCCGACACCUGGCCACGUUCUCGCGUCGGCCGGGGUCGAGUCUCUACACCCUGACCGUUGAGUCUCCUCCUGUCGCUGCGUCUGGUCAGGUGGCUGCGUCGGGUCAGGUACUUGCUGCUGCGUCCCGGUCAGGUCCUGAGUCUGCCCCCUGUUCUUGUCGCCUUCUGUCUCACGAGACUCUCCUGUGGCACCACCGUCUUGGCCACCCCUCCUUGCCCUGUCUUCGGAGCAUGGCUUCCCGUGUCCUUGUCUCUGGUCUUCCCCAGUCUCUCCCUCCUCUCCCCUCCGGGCCAGGACCUUCCUGUGUCCCCUGUGUCGAGGGUCGCCUCCGGGCUACUCCUCACUCCUCCCACUUCCCCCCGACAGAGGCUCCCCUGCAGACGCUUCACAUGGAUGUGUGGGGCCCUGCCCCCGUCCGUGGGCAGGGUUACGAGCGAUACUUCCUGUUGGUGGUUGACGACUACUCGCGUUACACCACAGUCCUCCCCUUGCGCAGCAAGGGUGAGGUCACUGAGGUGCUGAUCGACUGGAUCCGCGAGGCUCGUCUCCAGCUCAGGAAGAGCUUCGGCUCGGACUUUCCUGUUCUGCGUCUGCACUCUGACAGAGGCGGAGAGUUCUCUUCUCGCCUUCUGCGAGACUACUGUCGUGCACGGGGGAUCCGCCAGACCUUCACGCUUCCGGACUCACCACAGCAAAAUGGGAUUGCUGAGCGCCGCAUUGGCAUGGUCAUGGAUGUCGCUCGUACGUCCAUGAUGCAUGCGGCUGCCCCCCAUUUUCUGUGGCCGUUUGCGGUGAGGUACGCGGCGCAUCAGCUCAACCUUCACCCCCGGGUCUCUCGGCCUGCGAUGUCCCCAGUCUUGCUGUGGACAGGGAAGGUUGGCGAUGCGUCUGUGUUCCGUGUCUGGGGAUCUCGGGCGUUUGUCCGCGACUUGUCUGCGGACAAGCUGUCCCCUCGUGCUGCUCCCUGUGUCUUUCUUGGCUUCCCCACUGACGCCCCAGGGUGGCAGUUUUACCACCCCUCCUCUCGUCGUGUUCUGUCCUCCCAGGACGUCACGUUCGACGAGUCAGUCCCCUUCUACCGUCUCUUCCCCUACCGCACUCCUUCCCUCCCCCCUCCCCUGGACUUCCUUGUGCCGGUUCCCCCCCCAGUAGACCCCCCCCCCCCUCAAGUUCCUGCCCCCUCAGGUGUGUCCCAGGUAGACGCCGUUGCCCCGGUCGAGGUUACUGGUGACUCUGGUCCUGCUGCGGGUGCUGAGCCUGGGGGUGCUGACUCUGGGGGUACUGUGCGUGGGGGUGCUGUGCCUGGGGGUACUACUGCUGGGGGUGCUGGGCCUGAGGGUGCUACUGCGGUGGGUGCGGAGCCUGGGGGUGCUGAGCCGGGGGGUGCUGUGCCUGGAGGUGCUGAAUCUGGGGGUGCUGGGUCGGGAGCUGCUGAGCCUGGGGGUGCUGAGCUGGGAGCUGCUGAGCCUGGGGGUGCUGCGUCUGGAGCUGCUGAGCCUGGGGUUUCUCCUGCUGCUGCGUCUCACCGGGAGCCCCUCUCUCCACAGGAGCUGCGCGAGUGGUUCGCUCGCCGCUGGAGGCGUGCUGCUGAGUCUGGAGGUGCUGCUGGAGCUGGAGCUGGAGCUUCUUCGAUCGUCGAGGGUGCGGGUGCUGCCGGUCCCGGAGCUGCUGGACCUGCGGGUCCUCCUGGAGCUGGAGCUGCCGGGGGCGUUCGUGCUGAGCCUGCUGCUGUUGGUCCUGCCGCUGGAGGUGUGGGUGGCGCUGGUGCUGUCACUGAGGGUGCUGGUGCUGUCCCUGCUGAGACUGGAGCUGCCGCGCGGCCUCGGCCGUACUUCGUUCCGCUCCUUCAGCAGGUUCUUGGUCUUUCUCCUCCAGUAGAGGGUCCACCGCCUGUCCAGUCGCAGUCCCUACUGGAGCCUUCCUCUCCACUACCUGCUCCCUCUCCUUACACUGGUCCUACUGGAGGUCUUGCUGAGCGUCGUGAGCCUGCGUCUCGCCCCGCGUCGCCUGUUCGUGCUGCUCGCGCUAGUGGUCGCAGUUCGCGUCAGCGUCCUCCUCCUGUCCCUGGCACGCACCGGAUGUCUCUGCGUCCGUCCACUGCUCCUCUGCGUGCCCCUUUGCCUUCUCCUCCUGAGUCCUCUCUUCCUGCGCUUGCCGACCCUGAGUCGGACUCUCUUCGCGCUGCGAGUCCUACUGUCACGCGUCUGCUUGCUACUGUCGUCACUGACCCCUCUUUUGAGUCCACUACUGCGUCUGCUCUAGUCGCUGAGCUCGUCGACUUUGCUGCUCGCUGUCGUCUCGACUACGCUGCUAGUCUUGUUGCUGAGUCUGCGUCUGUCUGUCCUCCGUCCGUCGGGGGUGAGUGUGCUCUUGGCACGGACGUCCUAGAGGACAGGCAGGAGGAGUUACAGUGUCUAGCGGCUGCUUCACCUCAUCUCGCGUCUGUACUGCUUGCCCCUGAGGGAGACCCGGAUGCACUAGACAUCCCGACUCCGCGCUCUUACGCGGAGGCGAUAGAGGGUCCCUACUCCUCUCAGUGGCAGGCAGCCAUGGAUGCAGAGAUGGCUUCCUGGAAGUCCACAGGCACCUACGUUGACGCGGUUCCCCCUCCUGGGGCGAACAUCGUCAGUGGCAUGUGGAUCUUCAGGGUGAAGCGGCCGCCGGGCUCUCCACCUGUCUUCAAGGCACGGUACGUUGCUCGUGGCUUCAGUCAGCGGCAGGGAGUUGACUACUUUCAGACCUUCUCUCCCACCCCGAAGAUGACUACUCUUCGGGUGCUGCUGCACAUAGCCGCUCAGCGCGACUACGAGCUUCACUCUCUCGACUUCAGCACUGCGUUCUUGCAGGGUAGCCUGCACGAGGAGAUCUGGCUUCGCCGUCCACCUGGCUUCACUGGGACUUUCCCUCCUGGCACCCAGUGGAGCCUCAGACGGCCAGUCUACGGUCUCCGUCAGGCACCGCGUGAGUGGCACGACACACUGAGGACUACGCUUGCGGCUCUUGGGUUUGCUCCUUCUACUGCUGACCCGUCGCUGUUUCUUCGCACCGACACUUCCCUGCCGCCGUUCUACAUCCUCGUGUACGUCGACGACUUGGUCUUUGCCACAGCGGACACUGCUGGACUCGCCUACGUGAAGUCCGAGCUGCUGAAGAGACACACGUGCACAGACCUGGGUGAACUGCGCAGCUACCUUGGCUUGCAGAUCACUCGGGACAGAGCACGCCGCACCAUUACCUUGACUCAGUCACACAUGGUGCAGCAGGUCCUUCAGUGCUUCGGCUUCACGUACUCCUCGCCUCAGGCCACUCCUGUGCCUACUCGCCACUCACUCUCAGCUUUGCCUUCGGAUGAGUCCGUAGAGUCGAGUGGUCCGUAUGCAGAGCUUGUUGGCUGCCUCAUGUACCUGAUGACCUGCACACGACCUGACCUUGCAUACCCUCUGAGCAUUCUUGCACGCUAUGUUGCUCCUGGGAGACACAGACCGGAGCACAUGGCUGCAGCGAAGAGGGUAUUGCGCUACCUGUGCAGUACGUCAGGCAUGGGGCUAGUGCUUGGAGGGCGGAGUCCAAUCUACGCCGGAGCCAUGGCUGCACAGGAGCUUCGCUGGCUCACCUACCUGCUGACUGACCUUGGAGAGCCGCCUCGUUCUCCUCCAGUGCUGUACGUAGACAACAAGGCUAUGCUGGCCUUGUGUCGAGAGCAGCGCUUGGAGCACAGAACGAAGCACAUUGCUCUCCGCUACUUCCUUGCUCGUGAGUUGCAGCAGCGUGGUCAGUUGCGACUUGCGUACGUGGCCUCUGAGGCCAACACUGCUGAUGUGUUCACCAAGGCACUUGCGCCUUGUGACCAUCAGCGCUUCUGCACCCAGCUGGGUCUUGUGCCUGUCUUGCCUCACUUGCUCUCCUCUUGA